UGUUAAGAUUAAGGUGACGGUGUAAAUGUUACAUAUUUAAAGGCGGAUAAAUUUGUUGUUGUUUUUUGACAAAGUCAUCGAUUCAAAAUGGGAUUCAUACAAACUGCCGUAAGUGUCGGAGUUCUUGUGUUGUCUUGGCGUCUGUAUCAAAGUUAUGUGCAUUCUCGUGAGGGCAUUAAGGUUGUCUCCCAGGCAAAAGCAGAGUACGACUACAUUGUGAUCGGCGCUGGUUCGGCGGGCUCGUUGGUUUCCGCUAGACUGACGGAAAUUCCCGAUAUUACUGUACUAGUCUUGGAGGCUGGUCCGAAUUUCGAAAACAUUCCAGUUUUGAAUCAGCCCGAGCAGUGGUGGAACAAUAUUGGAGGGGAAUUUGACUGGAGGUAUAAAACAGUGCCACAGAAACAUGCAUGUUUGGGCUCAAAGAACAACCAGUGUGCAUGGCCAAGAGGGCGCAUCGUCGGCGGAUCCGGAAGUAUAAACGCUCUCCAGAACACACGAGGAAGCCCGUUUGAUUUUGACGGAUGGGAGUCACAGGGUUGCACCGAUUGGAGUUUCAACGAUGUAUUACCGUAUUUUCUUAAACUGGAAGAUAUGAACAUCGAGGAAUUGAGGUCCAAUAACUUUCACAACGUCGGUGGUCCCAUAGCCGUCUCGUCAGGCGAUGACUCGCCAUUAGCGGAGUUGUACAGAAAAGCUGGUGAAGAAAUUGGUUUUAAGGUCAUCAGUGAUUAUAAUGGUGCUACGCAAAGAUCUUUCAACAAGAUACAAAUAAAUGUCAGAAACGGAGAAAGAAGCUCAUCCGCUAAAGAGUUACUGUCUGGAACUGACAGGCCAAACCUUGACAUAUUACCAGAAGCACACGCAACAAAAAUAAACUUCGAAAACAAAAGAGCGGCCGGUGUGACUUUUAUUCGGGAUGGUCGAAAGCAUACCGCACGUGCAAGAAAGGAGAUCAUUCUAUCCGGUGGUACGAUAGGUUCAGCCCAAUUACUGCUUUUGUCGGGGAUAGGACCAAAGCAGCAUCUGAACGACCUUGGAAUACCCGUUAUAGAAGACCUUCCAGUGGGGCACAACUUACAAGACCACAGCCAAGUCAGCAUGUGUACAUCCAUCAAUGUGCCUUACAGUAUGACUUCUUCUUACGUGGAAAGUACAUUGAACCAGCUGAAAUACAAAUUUUUAAACGCUGGGCCAAAGUCCAUGACAGCUUCAGAAGGAUCAGCGUUCCUUCACUUGAACCAAGCUUUAGAAAACACAACAUACCCUGAUAUUCAAUUUGUUUUUGUAAGCAGACUAAUUGGUGCAAAUAUUUUCGAUUAUUCUGAAGAUAUCGCUGAUUUAGUGAUAGAAAAGGAUUCUGAAAAGCAUGGUUUCUGCACCUUCGUUGCGCUGACCCACCCACGGGCUCGAGGAGUUAUCUCCCUCUCGUCGACUGAUCCAUUUGACCAUCCUCUUAUUGAUCCGCGGUAUUUUGAAAAUCAUCAAGACGUUUUGGACCUCGUAGGUGGUAUUCGAAUUUGGGAAAAGCUAGCGCAGUCAAAAACGAUGUCAGAUCUCGGUGUUGAUAUCAAUGAAUUAAAUAAAAGGUUUUGCUCAGAGCACAAGUUCAGGAGUGACGAUUAUUGGGAAUGCUACAUUCGUAAACUAGCUUUCACCCAGUUCCAUCCGACUUCCUCGUGCAAAAUGGGCACACUCGAUGAUGAGUCCACAGUUGUUGGCCCUGAUCUACGUGUGAAAGGGGUCGCAGGUCUCCGGGUCGUGGACGCUUCAGUAUUUCCGGUAAUAACUUCAGGAAACACAAACACACCCACGUUGAUGGUCGCUGAAAGGGCUGCUGAUUUAAUACUUGAUCGGAAAACAUUAUAAAAAUGCACAGGCAUUUUUUUUUUGAAUAGUUGAAAAAUGUUAAUGUAUAUUACAUUGGGUUGCAGAUGCAAUGGUUUAAUCUCACUCUGUUCUUCAAAUAAGUAUAUCAUUGUACCUUGUGAUAUAAGCUUUUAUAAAAGGCGUAAAAUACAUGUUCCCAAUUACAAUAAACGAGUA